AUGGCCGAAGCCCAUCAAAGAACCAAAGAACCUCAAUCCCAGCUCCUCGCACUCCCCGCCGAACUCCGCAACAAAAUCUACGAACUCUCCCUCCCGUCAACUUUCAUGCUCAACCGCGAAACCCACAUAUCCAAGACCGCCAGCUCUCUCCCGCCACUCCUCAACGUCUGCCGCAAAACCCGCUGCGAGGCCCUAGGAAUCUGGCUCGCGGACACGCUCUUCAAAUUCUUCCUACUCGACGACGUGAAGAAUUUCCUCGAAAUCAUCGGGCCCGGCAAUGCGGCGAAAUUGAAUCAUGUAAGGGAAUUGUACGUCUUUCGGAGUCGCGAGGAUGCGGAGGCCAGGCGGGCUUGGUUGCAGACUCAGGCGCUGGGGUUUGGCGUCCGCGAGGGCGUGGUCGAGUGUCUCUGGGGGCGGUAUGAUUGGUUUGAGUAUGAGAAGGCUUUUGUUUGUCAUGGUAGGAGGACCGGUCCUGGCGAUUGA